AUGGAGGAAGUAUACGUGUUUGGGGACCAAACGGCGGAUGCCCGGGCCUUUUUCAGUAAGGUCUUCACCAGGAAGGAUAAUGUGCUGCUACAAAGCUUCCUGGAGAGAGCUGGCGAAGCUGUGAAGUUUGAAAAUAAACACAGGUCACAUCCCUCGAAAGCCGUACCGAAUUUCACAACCAUCCAAGAACUCGUCGACCGUUACUACAGGAGCGAGCUGAAGGAUCCCGCAAUAGACAGCGUUUUGAUUUGUAUUUCUCAAUUUUGCCAUUUUAUCGGAGCAUUUGAAGAGCGUUCAGUAUCAUACAUUUCUCCUAAUGCCGAUGCGAGAAUAGUCGGUCUUUGUACCGGGCUUCUCGCGGCUUCGACCGUUGCUUCGGUCGAUUCCCUUACCGCACUGAUACCCCUGGCUAUCGAGGCCGUUCGACUCGCAUUCCGCGCUGGCGCACAUGUUGGAAGGAUUGGAUUGCAGAUCCAGGGUGAGGGAAAGACUCCUUCGUGGUCUACCAUUGUUGCUGCAGAUGAGAAGUCGGCUCAAUCUGCCCUCGAUGCUUUCCACAAGGAACACAACACGCCCCCUUCCAACAGACUGUGGAUCGGUGGCUCCUCGGCUACUUCAGUCACGAUCUCUGGACCUCCGGAGACGAAGAACUUGGCCUUUGAGAACUCAGAGUUUUUCAGAACACACAAGAACGCCCCAGUGGGGAUUUACGCACCAUACCACGCAUCUCACCUCAGUUCCGCCUCGGACAUCCAGAAAGUAUUGCGCCCGCAGACGAAAGAGAUUUUCGGUGCGGUUGUCCCAAGAUACGCUGUCUGCUCCAGUGUGACUGGCAAGCCGAUUCCGGCAAAGACCGGGUUCGACUUGAUUGAGCAAUCAUUAAAAGAGAUCCUCAUUGAGCCUCUGAGAUGGGACAGGGUGCUCAAGUACACAGCUACUGGCAAGUUCGAUGAGGCCAAGGUCUUCGCUGUUGGCCCUACGAAUCUGGCCAGUAGCGUAGUCUCUGCGCUGAAAGCUUCAGCUGCAAAGGUCACCCUCGAGGACCAGUCAACCUGGGCACAAGUUGCAGCAGCAGGCACGCAGAAGUCUCGCAAAGAAUCGGAUAUCGCCAUUGUCGGCUUCGCUGGUCGCUUCCCAGACGCUGCGGAUCACGAGAAGUUCUGGGAGCUGCUGGAAAAGGGUCUGGAUGUGCACAGGCCCGUCCCACCCGACAGGUUCCCCGUCGACUCACACACCGAUCCCACAUCGAAAAAGAAGAACACAUCACACACACCUUUCGGAAACUUCAUCGAAAAUCCUGGUCUGUUCGAUGCUCGAUUCUUUAACAUGUCUCCUCGUGAGGCUGCGCAGACGGAUCCCAUGCAGCGCAGAACACCCUCCACCAAGCACGAUAGGAUCGGUACCUUCUAUGGUCAAACUUCUGACGAUUGGCGUGAAGUGAAUGCUGCCCAGGACAUUGAUACAUACUUCAUCUCGGGUGGUGUACGCGCCUUCGGCCCUGGUCGUCUGAACUACUUCUUCAAGUUCAGCGGACCAUCUUUCUCCGUCGAUACUGCUUGCUCGUCAAGUUUCGCUGCCAUGAACGUUGCGAUCACCUCGCUGCGAGCUGGCGAGUGUGACACCGCUUUCUGCGGUGGAGCCAACGUUCUCACCAACUCAGAUAUUUUCUCAGGUCUUUCUCGCGGUCACUUCUUGUCAAGGACCGGCUCGUGCAAGACCUGGGAUAAUGAUGCUGAUGGCUACUGCCGAGGCGAUGGUGUUUGCUCUGUCAUCUUCAAGCGUAUGGACGAUGCGCUGAGCGACCGGGAUCCGAUCCUUGGCGUUAUUCGCGGUGUCGGUACCAACCACUCUGCCGAAGCCGUUUCCAUCACUCAUCCUUGCGCCGAGAAUCAGUCUUUCCUGUUCGAUAAGGUGCUCAAAGAAUGCAACGUGCCCUGCAACGAUGUCAACUACGUUGAGAUGCACGGAACUGGCACACAGGCUGGCGACGGCAUUGAGAUGGAGUCUGUCUCAUCAGUCUUCGCUCCGAGACAGGGCAAGAGAAGACCAGACCAGCCACUCUACGUCGGCGCUGUCAAGUCCAACAUUGGUCACGGCGAGGCCGUCUCUGGUGUGUGCGCUCUGAUCAAAGUUCUGCUUAUGCUUCAAAAGAGUAAGAUUCCACCUCACACAGGUAUUAAGAAGCAGAUCAACAAGAACUUCGCACCAGAUCUCAAGGAGCGCAACGUCAACAUUGCUAUGGAGACGACACCAUUCCCGCGCCCUGCUGGAGGCAAGCGUAUCACCUUCAUCAACAACUUCAGCGCGGCUGGUGGAAACACUGCUAUGCUGAUGGAGGAUGGUCCUGAGGUCCCUUCCACUCCUACCUCAGACGCCCGCGGUACUCAGGUCGUGACUGUAUCGGCCAAGUCACUCGGUGCCUUCAAGAAGACGCUCGCCAAGUUUGAGAACUGGGUCAACACCAACCCCAAUGCUGGCCUGCCCGAUCUUGCAUACACCACCACAGCCCGUCGCGCUCAUUACACCUACCGCGCUGCCAUGCCGGUGACCUCAGUCGCUCAGCUAUCAACUGCUCUCAAGACGGUUCAACAGCAGGCGCACAACCCUAUUCCUCUGGCUACACCUCAAAUCGCCAUGGCCUUCACUGGUCAGGGCUCACAAUACACGGCUAUGGGAAAGCGCAUGUUCGAGACCUCGAAGCAGUUCCGCGGUGACAUCGAGGAGUUCAACGAGAUUGCUCUCCGUCAGGGCCUGCCUUCGAUCAUGCCCUUGAUUGACGGCUCGGUCGAGGUCCAGAACUUGCCUCCAUCUGUCGUUCAACUUGGCAUGUGCUGCAUCCAAAUGGCUCUCACUCGUUUGUGGGCAACUUGGGGCAUCACUCCUAGUGUCGUCAUUGGCCAUUCGCUGGGUGAAUAUGCUGCCCUUCAAGCUGCUGGCGUUCUCUCCGUUGCCGACACCAUCUACCUGGUCGGCAAGCGAGCGUCUUUGCUGGAGCAGAAGUGCACCGCUGGCACCCACGCAAUGCUUGCCGUCCGCUCUCCCGUCGCUGGUCUGCAGGAUGUCGUUGCUAACAGCAAUGGCAAGAUCGAAAUCGCUUGCAUCAACGGCGUCUCUGACACCGUUCUGUCUGGCACGAUGGCCGACAUCGAUACUGUCGCUCAGAAACUGGCUGAUGCUGGGCAGAAGUGCACCAAGCUCAAGUUGCCGUUCGCAUUCCACUCUUCCCAAGUCGACCCCAUUUUGGCCGAUUUCGAGAAGCUUGCAAAGGCGAUCAACUUCCAGCCUCCACGAGUGCCGGUGAUCUCGCCGCUCCUCAGUGAUGUUGUCAGUGUUGGUGGCGUCUUCGAUGCUUUCUAUCUGAGUCGUCACUGCCGCAAGACUGUGGACUUCGUGGGCGGUCUGUCCGCUGGCAUGGCCACCUCCACCAUAAGUGACACUUCUCUUUGGCUCGAGGUCGGCGCACAUCCUCUUUGCUCUAGCAUGGUCAAGUCUUGCCUGUCGGCUUCUGCUUUGCCUACCAUGCGCCGCGACGAGGAUCCCUGGAAGAUCAUCUCCACGUCCCUGGCCAGCCUCUACACAGCAGGAAAAGCCGUCAACUGGACCGCUUUCCACAAGGAGAAUGAGAGCUUGAGAGUCCUCAACAUCCCUACCUACGGUUUCGAUGAGAAGAACUACUGGCUGCAAUACACUGGUGACUGGCUGAUCUACAAGGGCGAUUAUCCCAAGGCGAUCGCCCCUGCUCUAGCUGCUGCACCCGCUGUUGCAGCGCCUGCCAAGAAGCUCAAGUACUUGACCGACUCCGUUCAAGGCAUCGUCUCUGAGGUUGUCGAUGGCAACACUGUCACCGUCGUUGCAGAGUCUGACAUGGGGUCUCCAAAGCUCUUCCCUCUCAUCUCUGGUCAUCUUGUCAAUGGCUCUGGCCUCUGCCCAUCUACGCUGUACGCUGAUAUCUGCCACACUUUGUGCGACUAUGCCUAUAAGCUGGUCAAGCCCGGUGAGAAGGCGCACAUCAACAUUGGCGCCAUGGAGAACAACAGCCCUCUGCUGCUGAAGAACAUCCACGAGCCCGAGCAUCAGAUCAUGACCUCUACCAUCAAGAUGGACCUUAAGAAGAAGAACGCUCACUUCACCGUGACCAGCAACAAUGGCAAGAAGGAUGUCACCCACGCUGAUGCCAUUGUCACAUUCGAGGACCCGGAAGCAUGGAAGGAAGAGUGGGCCCGUACUGCCUAUCUUGUUCAGUCACGCAUCGAUCUCCUGAAGCACAAGAUGGAAAAUGGAGAAGCCGACAAGUGCAGCCGUGCUAUGGCUUACAAGCUGUUCACUGCUCUUGUUGAUUACUCUGAUCCCUUCCAGGGCAUGCAGAGUGUCAUCUUCGACGGCCCCGAGUUCGAAGCCACCAGUACCAUCAAGUUCCGCGCUGGUCCAGAGCUUGGCAACUUCUUCUUCAGCCCAUACUUCAUCGACAGUGCUUGCCACAUCUCGGGUUUCACUGUCAAUGCGACCGUCAAUCCUCAAGAAGCCUGCUAUAUCUCCCACGGAUGGAAGACUCUUCGCUUCUUGGAGCCUCUCAAGUAUGACCAGACUUAUACCGCCUACGUCAAGAUGCAGCCAUGCGCUGGAAGCAAGAUGAGGAAGGUGAUGUCUAUGUCUUCAACUCUCAGCCUUAUGGACGUGAUGAUGCCAAAGCCGAAGGCCGCUGGCGCUGUCGCCGCAAGCAAGCCAGCUCCAGCUGCGAAGUCGUCUCCAGUUGUCGAGCGUACCCCCGUGAAGGUGGAUAUCCCUGCUGCAGUCAAGACUGUCACCAAGCAGAAGCCGAAGAAGCCCGUCAAAGCCUCCAAGGCACCAAAAGCUGCUGCUCCAAAGCCGGCGUCAACCGGAGGACUUUGCGCCAAGGCCUUCGAUAUCAUCGCUCAAGAAGUCGCCGUUGACCACUCUGAGCUGCAAGAUGACAUCCAGUGGGCCGACCUCGGCGUUGACAGCUUGAUGUCGUUGACGAUCUCUGGCAAGUUCCGCGAGGAUCUUGAGCUCGAGGUCGAGAGCAGCUUGUUCACCGACUUCGCCUCCGUUGGCGCCCUGCGAAAGCAUCUUUCUGGCUUGUCCGGACCAGAGCCUGCUCCUGUUGAAGUCGCAGAUGAAUCUAGCUCCACCGAGUCAACCGACUCUGGCUCUGAGAGCGACGACGAGUCUGCUGAGUCUGGCAUUACCACUCCUGAAGUCGAGGAUUUCCCAGUCAAGAGCCAGAAGUCCGCCGCGGUCGAGGCAGUGGCCCAGGCCCCAUCACCUGCAACUGGCGGCUCAGGUGCUGAUAUGAUCGAGACCAUCCGUGUCGUCAUUGCUCAAGAGAUGGAAAUGGACCUCGAUGAAAUCACCGAAACCACCGACCUGAGCAAUCUGGGCAUGGAUUCUUUGAUGGCUUUGACGGUCCUUGGCAAGCUUCGUGAAGAGCAUGAGAUCGAUCUUGAUCCAUCAAUUCUGGCCGACAACCCAUCGCUGGGCCACCUUCGCAAGGCCCUUGGCCUUGACACACCCAAGGCCGCUCCUGCUCCCGAGCGUAAAGCCGAAGUCGUGGCUCAGGUGGUUGCAGUUGCGCCCCCAGCCCCUCCCGUCGAGGUCGUUGUGAACAUGCCUCCUGCAACCUCGGUCCUGCUGCAAGGAAACCCAAAGACCGCCACCAAGAAUCUGUUCUUGUUCCCCGACGGAUCCGGCUCCGCCACUUCCUACGUGUCCAUCCCUGCCAUCGACAGCAAGAACCUGGCCGUGUACGGUCUGAACUGCCCCUUCAUGAAGGACCCUACCAACUACACAUGUGGUAUCGAGGGUGUGUCGAAGCUAUACCUCGAGGAAGUCAUGCGCCGUCAACCCAUCGGUCCAUACGUCCUCGGAGGCUGGUCAGCUGGCGGUGUCGUCGCCUACGAGGUUACUCGACAACUGUCUGAUCUUUCGAAGCAGUAUCCCGACCGGAAGUACUACGUUGAGAAGCUGAUCUUGAUCGACUCGCCCUGCCCGAUCAGACUAGAGCCUUUGCCUGCUCGUCUUCACCAUUUCUUCGACGAGAUAGGGCUGCUCGGUACUGGUACCGGUAAGACGCCCAACUGGUUGCUGCCUCAUUUUGAGUACAGCAUCAAGGCGCUUACCGCUUACCGACCAGAGCUGAAGUCCACCCGCGACUUCAACGCUCCACCAACAUUGCUCAUCUGGGCGACUGAUGGUGUGUGCGGCAAGCCAGGUGACCCCAAACCCCCACCACAAGCAGAUGACCCGAAGAGCAUGAAGUGGCUGCUGGAGAACCGAAAUGAUUUCGGACCCAAUGGUUGGGACAAGCUUCUUGGAGCCGAGAACUGCUCGAUGGUCAAGGUCGUCGGCAAUCACUUCACGAUGAUGAAGCCGCCAGUGGCCAAGGGCGUCGGGCAAUACAUUCGCGAUUCACUCAACUAA